AUAAUUCUGAAAUUUUGGAAUUCAUAGAUUCAUUCCCACUUUGUCAUCAUAAACCCUAAAACCCUUCCAUCUAAUUCUAAACCUUGCACUUGUGUUUCCCACUCCCAGUUUGAAGCGUUCUCCAAUGGCACUAUUGUUCCGUUCCCUCAGAAAAACCCUAACCCACCAAAUUCACAUUCAACAACAACGACUAUGCAUUUGUCCUCCUCACAUCAUUUCCCGAAGAAAUUACAUCUCCGAAAUGCGCAAAAAAGCUUUCGAAGGAAACAUUGCCAGACUCAUUCGUAACGAAAUUCAGUACGAGCUCCAAUCUUCUCCUCCUUCCAAUCCCCCUAAUAACAAGUUUGGUUCCUUUUUGGUGGAUGGACGACCCGGUGAGCGAUGGGUUACAUUGAAAAGACAAUUUGCAGAUGAAAAUAUUAAAGUUGAAGUCACCAUGUUUGAUGGAGCUGUUCCAGCUCCGAAAGCAAGUGGCGGUGUGGCUAAUGCAGAUGAAGUGCAGCUACACAUUACCUUAAUUGUCAACAUCUCUAAAGGAGAUGGUGGUGUGCUGGAAAUCAUGUGCUCUGCUUGGCCGGACAGUAUAGAGAUAAAAAGGCUAUUCAUCCGCGCACGCAAAAAUAUGCCGGCUGAACCCUAUUCUGGUCCUGAAUUUGAGGAAUUGGAUGAUGACUUGCAGGACAGCCUUUAUGAUUUCUUGGAUGUAAGGGGUGUAAAUGAAGAACUUGCUGUUUUCUUGCAUAAGUACAUGAAACACAAAGAUAAAGCAGAGCUCAUAGGAUGGAUGGAGAAGGUUAAAUCUUUUAUUGAAAGGAAAUAAGUGCAUUGAAAAGUUUAAAUGUUCUCGAUGAGAUAAGCUAUGAGAUCAUAUCUCGUCUAUUUUGUCACAUAAAUCUAUUUCAAAGAAGGUAAACACUUAUUUUUUGUUCACCACUGCUUUGGAUUUAUAGUUGUUUGUGUUACUAGAAAUUGUAUAACGUAAAUAGGAAAUGGCCAUAUUGAGUUUAUGGAUUUUGCUGCGGAGUGCAGAUCCCCCUCUCCCCAAGAAAAAUGAGUGAAAACAUGUCGGGUGGCAUCUUUAAUGGAAGGUUUUAUUCUCUUUAGAAAAUUAUAAGUGUUCUAUUGAUUUUUAUAAUUAUGAUGCCUGUUCUACAAUCUAUGAACUGUGAUUUGCAUUGUUCUGGGACCAUUGAUUAUAGCUGAAUAAGAGCUGUUAUUAUUUUGAACUA